UGUCCGCCCCUUUGAGGGUGCUGAACCGAGAAGUACGUUCAGUUCUCUUGAGUGCUUUUCUCGUUCUUGUAACCUCCAAGGUCUGACGGGCAUCGGGAGCCAGGACGGAACCAUGGACGAAAGUUUCAGAGACCGAACCGCCUUUAUCCGUGGCGCGAAAGAUAUUGCGAAGGAAGUGAAGAAGCAUGCAACCAAGAAAAUGGGCAAGGGGGUGGACCGGAUGCAAGAUGAGUACACAAAGCGUUCCUACACCCGCUUUGCGGAAGAAGAAGACGAGGAUGACGAGGACUACCAGCCGCAAGAUGGCUACUACCGCGGAGAGCCGGCAGCUGAUGACGAAGGGGCCUCUAGCGACGCUACCGAGGGCCAUGACGAAGACGAUGAGAUCUACGAGGGGGAGUACCAAGGCAUCCCCAGGAACAACUCCUUGAAAGGCGGGGACCACUUGGCAUCUAACCAGGAGGUCGUGAGCGAGUUCAGGGACUUUGACGACCUGGAAGGGGAAAAGAAGAAGGAGAAAGAAGAGCUAGCCCAACAGUACGAGCUGAUUCUACAAGAGUGCGGACACGGGCGAUUCCAGUGGACGCUGUACUUUGUGCUAGGACUGGCCCUCAUGGCCGACGGGGUGGAGAUCUUCGUGGUGGGCUUUGUCCUGCCCAGCGCUGAGAAGGAUAUGUGCUUGUCAGACUCCAAUAAAGGCAUGCUGGGCCUCAUUGUCUACUUGGGGAUGAUGGUCGGGGCUUUCCUGUGGGGCGGCCUGGCUGACCGGCUGGGGCGCAAGCAGUGCCUCCUGAUGUCCCUCUCUGUCAACAGCGUAUUUGCCUUCUUCUCGUCCUUCGUCCAGGGUUAUGGCACUUUCCUCUUCUGCCGGCUGCUGUCUGGCAUGGGCAUUGGGGGGUCGAUCCCGAUCGUUUUCUCCUACUACUCUGAGUUCCUGGCCCAAGAAAAACGUGGGGAGCACCUCAGCUGGCUGUGCAUGUUCUGGAUGAUUGGGGGCAUCUACGCAUCCGCCAUGGCUUGGGCCAUCAUACCCCAUUACGGCUGGAGCUUCCAAAUGGGUUCUGCGUACCAGUUCCACAGCUGGCGCGUCUUCGUCUUGGUUUGUGCCUUCCCUUCCGUCUUCGCCAUCGGCGCCCUCACCACCAUGCCUGAAAGCCCUCGUUUCUUCUUGGAGAACGGGAAACACGACGAAGCCUGGAUGGUGCUUAAGCAGGUGCACGAUACCAACAUGAGAGCCAAGGGUCACCCGGAGCGAGUCUUCUCAGUGACCCAUAUCAAAACCAUCAAACAGGAGGACGAACUGGUAGAGAUUCAGUCUGACACAGGGACCUGGUACCGACGGUGGAUGGUCCGCUUCCUGAACCUUUCCCAGCAGGUCUGGGCGAAUUUCCAGCUGUGCUUUGUCCCAGAGUAUCGCCGGGUGACCCUGAUGAUGAUGGCGGUCUGGUUCACCAUGUCCUUCAGUUACUAUGGUUUGACCGUCUGGUUCCCAGAUAUGAUCAAACACCUCCAGAACAUCGAGUACGCCUCCCGCACCAAGGUCUUCAACAACGAGUCGGUCCGCCACAUCACCUUCAACUUCACCUUGGAGAACCAAAUCCACACCCGCAGCGAGUACUUCAAUGACAAGUUCUUAAGCCUCAAGAUGAAGUCUGUUACCUUCGUUGAUUCCUUGUUUGAGGAAUGCUAUUUUGAAGACAUCACAUCUAGCAAUACAUUCUUCAAGAACUGCACUUUCAUCUCCACCAUCUUCUACAACACAGACCUCUUCGAGUACAAGUUCAUCAACAGUCGGAUCAUCAACAGCACCUUCCUGCACAACAAGGAGGGCUGCCAGCUGGACUUCAGCGACGACAACAACGCCUACAUGAUCUACUUUGUCAGCUUCCUGGGGACACUUGCUGUGCUGCCGGGGAACAUCGUGUCCGCACUCCUCAUGGACAAGAUCGGGCGUCUCCGGAUGCUGGCCGGGUCGAGCGUCAUGUCUUGUGUGAGCUGCUUCUUCUUGUCGUUCGGCAACAGUGAGUCGGCCAUGAUUGCCCUCCUCUGUCUGUUUGGAGGGGUCAGCAUAGCUUCAUGGAAUGCCCUGGAUGUCCUCACAGUGGAGCUGUACCCAUCGGACAGAAGGACAACCGCUUUUGGCUUCCUCAACGCCUUGUGCAAGCUGGCAGCCGUUCUGGGCAUCAGCAUCUUCACGUCUUUUGUCGGCAUCACAAAAGCAGUGCCCAUCUUGCUGGCCUCGGCGGCGCUUGCCGUGGGCAGCUCACUGGCCCUGAAGCUGCCGGAGACGCGGGGGCAGGUCCUGCAGUGAGUGUGAGUGUGUGUGUGUGCAAGAGAGAGAGAGGUUCGCACUCAGCCCUCUUCCACCUCUGCCCGUCUCACUUGCGGGGAAGGAUAUUGUAUCGUUUCAACAGAAAAUCCGCCUUGGGUUGGAUUUCCUUUUCGCAAACCUGAUCUGCUCUUCAGAUUUCCCUCCUGUCUGUUCCCCCGCCUUGACCUUCACGCUGCCU